AUGCUUUAUCUCAUUUAUUUAAUUAAUGGGUUUUCUUUUAGGCCGAAGUACCUCGUUGUAAACGCUGACGAGGGAGAACCGGGAACCUGUAAAGAUCGCGAAAUAACACGGCAUGAUCCUCACACCCUACUCGAAGGCUGCCUUAUAGCUGGACGAGCAAUGGGCGCCAGAGCUGGCUAUAUUUACAUCCGGGGAGAAUUUUACAACGAGGCUUCAAAUUUACAGCUCGCGAUACACGAGGCUUAUAAAGCAGGCCUUUUGGGCAAGAAUGCUUGUGGGACUGGCUAUGAUUUCGACUUAUUCGUACAUCGUGGUGCUGGUGCCUAUAUUUGUGGUGAGGAGACGGCUCUGAUAGAAUCUAUUGAGGGAAAACAGGGCAAACCUCGCUUGAAGCCACCCUUUCCUGCUGAUAUUGGCCUCUUUGGCUGCCCUACGACUGUGACAAAUGUAGAGACUGUUGCUGUCUCGCCGAGUAUCUGUCGACGUGGCGGCGAAUGGUUCGCCUCGUUUGGUCGUGAACGCAACAAGGGCACUAAACUUUUCAAUAUAUCC